CCCACUAGUCUCUCUCUGUCUCCACCGCUCCCCUUCCACUCUGUCACUCAGGCUAGGGGGGCCAGCUACGCACACAGCACAGGGAGAGAAGGAAACACUAAAAAGAGCCACAUGUUGGAGCCACAAGCCUCUUCUCCCAGCCCCAGCCUGCCUCCCUCUUCAGCCUCAGCAAGCUGACCACGUCAGGAGCUGCUGUGGAGGAGCGUGAAGGCAACCACGGGACUUUCUUGUUGUUGUGAAAGGCAACCGGUGACGGUGAGGCCACAGGGGAGAAACUUAACUUCACUCCUCUGUUCCCCAGACCGCUGGAAAGCCCAGCAAGAGGCCCCGCCCCGCCCAUCCGACCGCGUCUGACGACAGGCCGCCGUGGAGAGAGAGAGACGCCUCUGGACACAAACACUAGCGUGACAUCGUCGAGAGCGGCAGAGCAGCAGAGAGGAAGAAGGAGGACGCCACAGAGAAGAGGAAGGAGAAGUUAAAAACCAAGAGAAGGAGCGGGGGGUUGGCCGAGAGGAUGGAGGUGCUGCUGAACCACCCUUGUGCAGUGGUGCUGGUGUGCGCCCUGCUGUUCAGGGUGGCGCACCGCCUGCUGCAGAACCUGCCGGUGCCCAAGGUGGUGCGCGGGGAAGAGUUCCGCGCCUGGAAGUGGAAGAACCUGUCGGUGUCCCUGGUGCACUCCCUGCUCACUGGUGCCUGGGCCCUGAGCUGUGUGCUGAUAUAUCCAGAGACGGUGCACAACCUGCACUCCUACUUCGUCCCGGUGUCGUACCUACUCAUAUGUGUCUCAACAGGGUACUUUGUACAGGAUGCAGGUGACAUCAUUCUUACCGGUCAUGCUAGAGGAUCAUGGGAGUUCCUAGUUCAUCACACACUGGUCAUCUGGUGUUUCGGGUACGCCCUCUUCACCAAGCUCUACGUGUCGGGCGCGGUGGUGGCGCUCUUCGUGGAGGUCAACAGCGUCACCCUACACUUGAGGCUGAUGCUGAAGCUAGCCGAACAGAUGUCCUCGCCGGCCUUCCAGGUCAACAAAAUGCUCAACCUCUUCACCUACGUGUUCUUCCGGCUGAGCGCCCAGGGCUACCUGACCUGGUACAUCGUGUACAACUACUCGUGGUUGGACCACGCCAGCUUCUUCCUGGCCGCCAUGGUGUUGAUGAACGGCAUGAUCCUGGUCUACUUUUACCGGCUGCUGCGCGCCGACUUUUGCCCACGCCCCAAACGCACGGGCACGCAAAACGGGACGCACAAACCCGCCCCAAUGACUCAGAAGUUCCUCACCGACUGAUCGGACCAGGGAGGGGGAUGUUGUCCUGCUGUAUUUCUGUGAGGGGGGAUGGGCGGGAGGAGGGUUGUUUUUUUAGGGGGGGGGGGGGAGGGGUUUUUAGAGCUUACCGUUUGUGACACCUAACCAAAAUGGUGCCCACAAAUACUUGGGAGGAGGGGGAGGGGUACUCCGGCUAGGACAACAGCUAACUGGAAACCAAGUAGGGGGGUGGGGGGGCUGCGAUCUUGUGCCUUCUCUCUGUAUGAGGCCCACUGUGUGGCUGAGGAGGUUACGAUACAGAGACACUAUUUCACCGCUAUAGCCUCGAAAGUGACCUACGGGGCUCCCUGCCUGGAGACAGACACAUGGCCAUUUGCGGAUCACAUUCAAAUUUUAAACAGAACAUGGACAUUAAUUGUAGCACCAGCUGCAAUCUUAAUCGUCCAAAUUGAAAUAGUCAAGAAGGUGUGGGUAACGGCACGAAAGAGUACAAUCAGUGUUUUGAUAUUUCGAAACAAAUCUGAACCAAGACCUCACGUGGAUAAGUUGAAAAGUUGAAUUGUGGAAUGAAGCAUUCACCAUUAUACGCAACUAUGACACUGAUGUCGCUGGUUACGUGUAGAGAAAAGGAAUGGAGCCUCAUGAGAGGCUUGCUCAAAUAUGAAAACUUUGUUUAAAUUUUACAUUAAGCCUAAGGAUACUUUGUUCAUGAUUUAAAAGCUCUGACACAUUAAAGUGUUUCUUCAAAACGACCUUGUUAUAUAAAUAUGAAUUUAUUUUAAAAUCUAUUAUAAUACUUUGAAUAUCAUUAAAUGCAUAAACAGUUAACCGGUAGCCAAUUAAUUGAUGUGUGUCGAUAUGAAAUUGCUGAAAAUAAGCAAAACAUCUGUUGAUUUUCAUGCUAGUGCUGACGAUGACCAUGUUAUUUAAUUUCCUGAAGUCAUCGAAGAGAACACUAUUUUGGUUGACUAAAUGCUAAAUAAAUAGCUUAUUUCAUUAUA